CGAGCGCUAAGACAUGGCGACUGCACAGUCAUGAAAAUGUUGAUUUCAUAUGUAAUUUUCUUGUAAACUUGGGGGAUCUAACCCGUCGAAAUGCAACUUCGGUACAUGAAAACUCUUCUAAACCCGCAGGAUGGAGCCUGCAGGGUGACAGCAAUGGCAUGGUCACCAAACAACACCAAAAUGGCGGUAGUGACAAUGGAUAGAGUUGUUAUACUGUAUGAUGAACUUGGUGAGAGGAGAGACAAGUUUUCAACAAAGCCAGCAAAUGCACAGGCUGGAAAGAAGAGCUACAUUGUGAAAGGACUUGCCUUCUCUCCAGACUCUACCAAGAUUGCUGUGGGACAAACAGACAACAUUAUAUUUGUUUACAAAAUUGGAGAAGAAUGGGGUGAUAAAAAAGUCAUCUGCAACAAGUUUGUACAACAGAGUGCAGUCACAUGUUUGAUAUGGCCACCUGAGCAACAAAACAUUAUCUUUGGAUUAGCAGAUGGAAAGGUCCGUAGUGCAAACCUUAAGACCAACAAAUCAACAACACUCUAUGGGACUGACAACUAUGUUGUUUCUUUGGCUGCAAAGUAAGUUGUUCCAGUUACCGUGGACUGCUAUUGUUAUUACAUCUGUUUAGAGCAGCUUUCACGUGAAUGUCUAAUUUGCAUU